UGUGGGGUCGGCUCCCUGUCAGCUCGCUCUGCAGCGCCGCUCCCGUGUGCGGCCGGUGAUUGGUAAUUCCGCGCACAGGCGGCAGGGGGCGGGCAGGAAGCGCCGGUUGCAUCCCACGAGAGGCGCUCACACCCACAGGAUCCCAGGAGGAGGCAGGACACGGACGGGAGGCAGCAGCGGGCGCGCGGUGCUAUGAGGGCAGCGCUUAUUCCGGUGACAGGAGCGGCGUGACAGAGCAUGUUUGCUUGAAUGGAUUCUUCAGUAAAGCAGGAUGCUCUAAAAUGCUAUUCUGGAAACCUCCAAGAGCAAAGUGUUGCUUUGAAGAUGCCUACCUCUCCAGCAGAAUUCUGCCCCAAGAUGGAGGAAGAUUCUAAAGAUGAAAUCUUUAAACAUGUGACCACUUUACAACAGGAUUCAUCUCUUCGGGAAGCCUCAUAUAUCACUGAUUCUUGGAGUAUUGCACCUCUGGCUAAUGGACUAAGUCCUGAAGUGAGCAAAACAAUAAAUGAUGCAAUGCCAGCCCUAGAGAAACUGCUCACUAGUGAGUGGAAAGAGAAACUACUGGGAAAUGGAGCACUUCACAGUAAAGAUGUGAAAGGCACUCAUGAGAGCCUGGCAGAGAAGGAGCUGCAGUUGUUGCUGAUGAUCCGUCAGCUGGCGGGACUGAGGGACCAGUUGCUUAGUGCACACUCUGAACAUAGGAACAUGGCGGCAAUGUUGUUGGAGAAGCAACAGCAGCAGAUGGAGCUUGCAAGACAACAACAGGAGCAGAUCGCUAAACAGCAGCAGCAGCUCAUCCAGCAGCAGCACAAAAUCAAUAUGUUACAGCAGCAGAUCCAGCAAGUAAACAUGCCAUAUGUCAUGAUUCCAGCAUUCCCUUCUGCUCAGGCAGUUCCUACAGAUUCUCAGAUUUCACCUCUUAUGCAACAAAUUUCUUGCAAGCCUGUUGACUAUCCCAUGUCGCUGAUUCAUAAUCCCACUCCACCAAGAGCCUCUACUACUGGAAAACAGGAACCAUCUCAGCCUUUGAAUCUGACAGCCAGACCCAAAUCUUCUGAGCAGUCUCCAACAUCAAGUAGCUCUCCAACUUUGAAACCUUCACCAGCACCAAACAAUGGUGUUGGAAGUUGCAUAGAUAAUACAUCCAGCCCCGCAAGAUCCAAUCUACCACUUGGUUUCCUUGGUGAAGGAGAUGCCAUUACUAAAGCAAUACAAGAAGCAAGGCAGCUUCUUCAUGGACAGAACAAAACACCAGAGCAGCGUGAUGGCCACAGUGUUAAGGACGUGUUUGAAUCAGUAACUCAAAGGGAACUUCAUGACGAGUCUUCUUUGCAAGAAAGUGAAGACUCUUUGCUGCGAUGCGGCAUGGACAUUGAUGGAUCUCGCCACUUCUCUGAGAGCCGUGGCAGCCAUAUUAAGAGGCCGAUGAAUGCUUUUAUGGUAUGGGCAAAGGAUGAACGGAGAAAGAUCUUGCAAGCAUUCCCAGACAUGCACAAUUCCAGCAUCAGCAAAAUUCUUGGCUCUCGCUGGAAGUCUAUGAGUAAUUCUGAAAAGCAGCCAUACUACGAAGAACAGGCACGGCUGAGCCGACAGCACUUGGAGAAGUAUCCUGACUACAAAUACAAGCCACGACCAAAACGUACCUGCAUUGUAGAGGGAAAGAGGCUGAGAGUGGGAGAAUACAAAGCUCUGAUGAAGAACCGGAGACAAGACUCGCGGCAUGGAUAUGCUCUCCCAUCCCAAGGGUCGGUGGCAAGUCCUCCAUCACCAUCUGGAUUCCAAUCUCUGACAGGAAUGUCUCAUCUGCCCACUUCUGAUAUUUACCAAGCCCAGGAUGGCAAUUUGCCAGUAAUCCUCAACACCAGAAGUCUUCAAAAUCAGGAUCCCAGAGGGCCUGUGCCACGUAUGCCUGAUGUCUGCAGUGACUCUGAAGACUCUAUCAAGAGUGAAGGAGAGCUUGUAGUUAUAACAGAUUAAGGCCACCAGCGGUAUAAUGUAAAUAGGGACAAAAUAUAAUCUCCUCUUUUGCAGAGGGACAGUGGAAAAGCCCCAUCAUAUUUUCCAGGUCGUUAUCUAUUCUGCUUGGAUAAGUUAUAUACGCACCUCUGGAAAGAAAACUAUUUAUCACAUGGAGCUGGACUAAAAUCCUCUGGAAUGCUUUUGCAGUUUUAAGACAUUCAGUAGCAGCAAAGCAACCCAGCAUAUUGUCAAACUGGAGGAAAUGUGCGGCAUGAGUAAAAUGAGGGAAUAUUCUGUUGCUGUGCACUCGACAGUUUUCUUUUUUCAAAUAGGGAAAGAUUUAUCUCAAAUAAGAGUGGUUUUCUGUAUAUAAUCUGUAUUUUAGUCAGAAUUUUUGACACUUGCAUUAAGUGCAAAUAAAUUAAAAGACCAAUUCAACAAGUAUUUUAGUAGUGUAAAAGACAAAAAAAUAAAAAAUGAAGGCCGCCACCAUUGUACUUGCUAUUCUACAUAACCUACUGGUUUUGCCACCUUGGAAUGGGAGGUAUCCUGGCUCAGAAAAGUUUUUAAAUGGUGGAUACAAAGGUGUCUUCAGAUUUUGUUUGUAUUGAAGCCUGAGAUUCAGUUAGUUGUAUUUAAUAUAUUCUUCAAAUGAUGAUUAUGACUUCAACAGUGGCUCUGUAUGGUUCAAAAAAUGGUGUCAAGAAACUGGUGCCACCUACUUAAAGAAGUGCUCUGAUUUUAAUUGUUUUUAUUAGAUCCGUGUUGGUAACAGUGAUAAGAGUUAGGGUACUAAAAGACCUUACUGGCCUCUUUAUUGUGCCUAAAAAAAGGAAAAGUUCCCACUGAUGCAAGAUCAAGAGACUAUAGUCCGACUACCAGACUGCUAAAUUGUCUAAAAGUAAGAUUCUCAAUGGAAGUCUAUAAGACUCACCUCCUGGCUCUCAUUUACUUGGAAAGAAAGGUCUUCUUAUGGUUGACACUGCAGAUGCUGUAUCAGUCAAUCAGUCAGGCCACAAAUAGACCAGCAAGGUCUUUCACUGUCCUACCCUAACCCAGUGUUGUAAAUGGGUACCCUAAUAAAAAUAAAAAUAAAUCCAGGGUGUUUUUUUGAAAGAGGUUGUCCAGGACUAGAAAAAAAUGGCUGCUUUCUUCCAAAACAGCAUCACACCUCUCCGUAGGUCAAGUGGUAUCACAGCACAGCCCCUUUCACUUCAAUGGAGCUGAGCUGCCACGCCAAACACACAACCAAUGGACAGGUGUAGGGCCGUUUUUGGAUUAACCAGUUAAUGACCGCCAAUACUCUUUCUUAUAUCUAACGGACCUUAGGCUUUUUCCGGCAGCCUAGUCUAGGUGCUGCACAGGUCUCCCGUACAGCAUAGAGCGGGGACUCUGCUUUCACAAGUGCCCUCCAGGCCAUUUAACCCCUUGGAUGCCGCGGUCAAUAGAGAUCUCUGCAUCUAACUGGUUUAGAGGGAGGGGGUGGCUGUCUCCCAUCGACAUUCUGUAAAUGAGAUCACCACGUGCCGAUAUCUUUGCAUGGAAUCCUGCCUACAGUGUAUGCCCAUGUAUUAUAGAAGUGAUCAAAAGAUUGACUGUUAAAGUUCCCUUGUGGGACCAAUAAGUGGUUAAAAAAAGUUAAAAAUACACCUUUUUUGAUAAAAAAUAAAUAAAUUCAGUGGAAACAAUUGAAAAAAAUAAAAUCCCCUCCACAAAUGUGUAUUGCUGCAUCUGUAACAACCCGCAUUACAAGGUCCAAAAUGGUUAUGUACCCCUAAAUGAUACCAAUGAGAAUUACAAGUCAUCCUGAAAAAGUCAAGCCCUCACAUAUCUCAAUAGAACAAAAAAAUUAAAAAGUUAUGGGCCUUGGGUUGCAGUGAUGCAAAAACAUUUUAUAUAUUUUUUUUAAAAGGGGGUUUAUUGUGCAAAAGUAGUAAAACGUUUAAAUAAAUGCAGCAAACUUUAUAACUUAAAAACUUGGCAAUAUUACAGAUUUUUCCUAUUCCCACCAAAAAAGUUAAUAAACUUAAUUUAAUCAGUAGGUUAUGUGUACUGCAGAAUGGUGCCAUUAAAAACUGCAAAUUGUCCUUUCCAAACAACAAGUCGUCCUCAUAUGGUUACUUCGACGGAAAAAUAAAAAGUUAUAGCUCUUGAAACGUGACAA